AUGGCUGACGGCUCUUCUGUCUCGGGUGUUUCAUUUGGUGCCGAAACUCAUUCGAUUGCUGGUGAAUGUGUCUUUCAAACAGGCAUGGUUGGAUAUCCAGAAUCUCUCACUGACCCUUCUUAUCGCGGACAGAUUCUUGUGCUUACUUUCCCCCUUGUUGGAAACUACGGUGUUCCAUCACGCACAUCGAUGGAUUCAUCUGUAAAACAAAUUCAAGAGCACUUUGAAUCUUCAGAGAUCCAUAUUGCCGCCUUGGUGGUUGGGUUUUACUCGGAUGACUUUUCACACUAUUUAGCCACUUCUUCACUGUCUGAAUGGCUCAAGGAAAAUAAUAUUCCUGCUAUUUCUGGCGUGGACACCCGUGCGCUCACUAAAAAAAUCCGCACUCAUGACGUGGCAUGGGAAGAUCCCAAUCUGCGCAACCUUGUUGCAGAAGUCUCAAUCAAAUCUCCUGCUGUCUAUUCGCCAUUAGAUGGCUCUACUACUGUUUGCGGGGCAGAUGGUAAAAUUCUUUCCAUUCUUGCUGUAGAUGUUGGCAUGAAAAACAACCAGAUUCGUUGCUUUGUAAAACGCGGAGUUUCUUUGCGAGUAGUCCCUUGGAACUACGAUUUCAUCUCUGACACAAACUACGAUGGUCUUUUCAUUUCAAACGGUCCUGGUGAUCCAAUUGCUCUUGACAUUACUAUUGAACGUCUUUCCAAACUUCUCAAGUCUCAAACUAAACCGGUUUUCGGUAUUUGUCUAGGCCAUCAAUUGGUGGCUUUGGCUUCUGGUGCUACUACCAGCAAACUCCACUUUGGAAACCGUGGUCACAAUAUUCCUUGCACCAAUCAACACACUGGUAGAUGCUUCAUCACUUCUCAGAAUCAUGGGUUUGCUGUCAAUACAGACUCUUUAUCCGACGAAUGGGAAGAGUAUUUUGUAAAUGCUAAUGAUGGCUCCAACGAAGGUAUUAUCCACAAAACACUCCCGUUUUUCUCGGUACAAUUCCACCCCGAAUCUACUCCUGGACCAUGGGAUACCGAAUUUCUUUUUGAUAAAUUCAUUCAAUCUGUCAAGGCAUGCAAGGAUGCUGGAAAGUUGGUACCGUUGGUACGCGAAUCCUGCUUGGUGCCAAAUAAGCGUCUUCAUCCACGAAAAGUGUUGGUUCUUGGUUCUGGUGGUCUUUCCAUUGGACAGGCCGGUGAGUUUGACUACUCUGGCUCACAAGCAAUCAAAGCACUCAAAGAAGAAGGCAUAUACACUGUUCUUAUCAAUCCAAAUAUUGCCACAAUUCAAACAUCAAAGGGUCUUGCUGACAAAGUAUACUUUUUGCCUGUAACCCCCGAGUUUGUUCGAAAAGUUAUCAAGCAUGAAAAGCCAGACGGCAUUUACUGUACAUUCGGUGGUCAAACCGCUUUGAAUAUUGGCGUCAAACUAAAGGACGAGUUUGCUAGUCUCGGCGUACAAGUUCUUGGUACUCCAAUCCAAACCAUUGAAAUGACCGAGGAUCGUGAGCUGUUUGGCAACGCUCUUGCAGAGAUUGGUGAAAAAUGUGCCCAAAGUUCCUCUGCCACCACGGUCGAGGAAGCCAUUGCUGCAGCAAACUCGAUUGGCUAUCCUUUGAUUAUUCGUGCAGCAUAUGCUCUUGGUGGUCUAGGCUCUGGAUUUGCCGAAAAUCAGGAACAACUCCAGGAACUCUGCAUCAAAGCCUUUGCAACAUCUCCUCAAAUUCUUGUAGAAAAAUCAAUGAAGGGUUGGAAGGAGAUUGAGUACGAAGUGGUCCGUGAUGCCUAUGACAAUUGUGUCACCGUUUGUAAUAUGGAGAAUUUUGAUCCUCUUGGUAUUCACACUGGCGAUUCGAUUGUUGUUGCCCCAUCCCAAACACUUUCUGAUGAAGACUAUAUGAUGCUUCGUCGCACUGCAGUCAAUGUCAUUCGCCAUCUUGGAGUUAUUGGUGAAUGCAACAUUCAAUACGCUCUUAAUCCAUUGUCCAAAGAGUACUGCAUUAUAGAAGUCAAUGCUCGUUUAUCUCGUAGUUCCGCACUUGCUUCCAAAGCCACCGGGUACCCACUUGCAUUUGUUGCUGCCAAGUUGGGCUUGGGUAUUCCACUUACUCAAGUCAAAAACAGUGUUACCAAAAAAACCAUUGCGUGUUUCGAACCUAGUUUGGACUACUGCGUAGUCAAGAUUCCUCGCUGGGAUCUUAAAAAGUUUAAUCGUGUUAGUACCAAGAUCAGUUCAUCCAUGAAAAGUGUGGGUGAGGUCAUGGCUAUUGGCCGAAACUUUGAAGAAACCAUUCAAAAAGCAAUUCGUGCAGUGGAUUAUAGUUUUUCAGGAUUUGCUGAAAAUGACUUUAGCGAAGAUAUCGACGAAGAACUUAAAAACCCUUCGGAUCAGCGUUUGUUUGCUGUUGCAAAUGCGCUUCACAAGGGAUACACUGUACAUCGCAUUUGGGAACUUACCAGAAUUGACAAGUGGUUUUUGAACAAGCUUAAAAACAUUGUGGAUCUGGACAAGUCACUUCAAAAGUUUACACCUAGCACUAUUCCAAAUGACUAUCUUCGUUGCGCAAAGCAGUUUGGAUUUUCUGAUCGUCAAAUUGCCAAAGCCAUUUCUACCACUGAACUAGGUGUUCGCAAGAUCCGUAAAGAGCGUGGUAUCACUCCAUUUGUGAAGCAGAUUGACACGGUUGCUGCCGAGUUUCCUUGCUACACCAACUACCUUUACACAACAUACAAUGCAUCUGAGCACGAUGUUACUUUUGAAGACAAGGGUGUCAUGGUUCUUGGCUCUGGAGUAUACCGAAUUGGCUCCAGUGUCGAGUUUGAUUGGUGUGCUGUGCGUUGCAUUCGCACGCUUCGAAGUCUUGGUUACAAGACUGUCAUGGUCAAUUACAAUCCAGAAACUGUUUCGACCGACUACGACGAAGCUGAUCGUCUAUACUUUGAAACGCUUACACUCGAGCGCGUUCUUGAUAUCUAUGACAUUGAAAACUCGAGUGGCUUAGUUGUUUGUAUGGGCGGUCAGACUCCCAACAAUAUUGCUCUAGCUCUCCAUCGUGAAAAUGUCAAGAUUCUUGGUACAUCGCCAGAAAUGAUCGACUCUGCUGAAAAUCGAUACAAGUUUUCUCGAAUGUGCGACAAGAUUGGUGUUGAUCAGCCCGAGUGGAAGGAGCUUACUUCGAUUGACGAGGCAGAUUCGUUUUGUGAAAAGGUUGGGUACCCGGUAUUGGUACGCCCUUCGUAUGUUCUUUCUGGUGCUGCCAUGAAUGUAGUGUACUCUCAGGCAGAUUUAAAGAGCUACUUGGAUAUGGCUGUCAAGGUGUCUCGGGAAUACCCUGUAGUUAUUUCCAAAUUUAUUGAGGAUGCCAAAGAAAUCGAAAUGGAUGCCAUUGCUCUUGAUGGUAAAAUGGUAAUGCACGUCAUUUCAGAGCAUGUCGAAAAUGCGGGUGUUCAUUCUGGCGACGCUACUUUGGUUCUUCCUCCCCAAGAUUUGGAUCCUGAAACGGUUGAAAAGAUUAUUUCCGCUACCCAGAAGAUUGGUAGCGCACUCAAUGUCACUGGACCAUACAACAUUCAAUUCAUUGCCAAGAAUAACGAGAUCAAGGUGAUUGAAUGCAAUGUUCGUGCAUCUCGCUCGUUCCCAUUUGUUUCCAAGGUUAUUGGGGUUGAUUUGGUUGAGAUUGCAACAAAAGCCAUGCUCAAUGAACCGUUCGAGGCAUAUCCCGCUAUGGAAGAUCGACCAGACUAUGUUGCUGUUAAAGUUCCGCAAUUUUCGUUUAGUCGACUUGCAGGAGCUGAUCCCAUUCUUGGUGUUGAGAUGGCUUCCACUGGUGAGGUAGCCUGCUUUGGACGUGACAAGUACGAAGCAUACAUGAAGGCUUUGAUUGCUACUGGCUUUAAAGUUCCUGAGAAAAACAUUCUUCUUUCCAUGGGUUCAUUCAAAGAGAAACAAGAAUUUCUUCCUUCUGUUCUCAAACUGCACGAAUUGGGUUACAAACUUUUUGCCACAGCUGGUACAGCCGACUUUUUAAGCGAGUACAACAUUCCUGUCAAGUAUCUUGAAGCACUUGAAGAUGACUCUAAUGUUCCCCAGCAAAAACUCGAAUAUAGCUUAACACAGCACUUGGCCAACAAUUUAAUCGAUCUUUACAUUAAUCUUCCAUCGAAAAAUCGUUUCCGUCGACCUGCUAGCUACAUGAGUCGUGGUUACCGCAGUCGUCGUAUGGCAGUUGAUUUUGACGUCCCUCUAAUCACAAACAUCAAAUGUGCCAAACUUUUUGUCGAGGCACUUGGACGAGGGGUUGAUUUUGAAAUUUCUUCCAACGACUAUCAAACCUCGCAUCGCACUAUUGUUCUUCCAGGUCUUAUCAAUAUGCAAAACUUUGUUCCUUUUGCCACGAUUCCAGACUCUGGUCAUGCCGAGAAAAUCACUCGCGCCGCUGCUGCUGGAGGAUUUACUCUGAUUUGUAAUACUGCAAUCGGACAGGGCGAGUCUGCAGUCAAAGAUCGACGCACUGUUGGCGUUGCAAAAAAGAAUUUUAAUGGAAAAUCGGUUGUCGAUUAUACAUUUGGUCUUGCUGCCAAUAAAUCCAAUGUGUCUGGCAUUGCGGCUUUAGAGCAUGAUGUUUCUAGUUUAUAUGUCAAGCUUUCUGAAGAUGCCACUAGUCCAACUACUCUUGCUGAUGUUGCCGCAUCCUUUAUUGCAUGGCCUGCAUCUCGUUUAGUGAUUACACACGCUUCGCAUACUCAACUUGCGGCAGUGAUGUUUUUGGCCAAUCUUCAUAGUCGUCCUUUGCACAUUACUCAGGUGACAAAAAGAGAAGAUCUUGCUCUUAUUAUAGCUGGCAAGCAAAACGGAAUGCGUAUUACUUGUGAUGUUUGCGUGCACGCACUCUUUCUAUGCCGUAGCACCAUUGACCAUCCUUCUUUGCCCACUCAAGAAGAUAUGGACUAUUUAUGGAGCAACCUGGAUGCCAUUGACUGUUUGACUGUUGGUACUCUUUGCUCUGAAUUAGCCAAUGACGAUUCUGUUGCUUCUGGCAUUCAAGAAGCACUCCCAUUGCUGCUUACUGCAGUAUAUGAGGGCAAGCUUACUCUCGAGUAUAUUACUUCGCGUCUUUCGACCAACCCUCGACGUAUUUUAGAUUUACCUGAACAAGUGGAUACAUACAUUGAGGUUGAGAUUGAUCGCAAGUAUGUUGUUCCACCAACAGGAUAUGAAGGUUCUGGAUCCAACACCAGCACCAUUGCAGGAAAAGAGCUUUAUGGAUGUGUACACCGUGUUGUGAUUCGAGGAUCGACCAUUUAUCUUGAUGGAGCACACUUUGGUGAGCCUACAGGCAGAGACAUUUCUGGAACGGUGCGCAUAUCAUCCAAGACUGCACCUAGCCCAUCUCAUCGUGCAGUAUCCAUUCCUACUAUUGUAGAAGGAGUAUCACCUCCUUUGGAACCCAGUUUGGCCAACAAGUACAUUUCCGAUUAUUUGCCACGCUCUGUGGCCACGACAGUAGUCAAGUCUCCAUUCUACAAGAAGCACAUUACUACUGUUCUUCAAUUUACACGCAGUGAUUUGCACACACUAUUUGGUGUUGCACAAGAAAUGCGAAUUAUUGUUGAAAAGCAAGGACGCAUUAAUCUGUUGAAUGGCAAAGUGAUGUGCUCGGCAUUUUGGGAACCGUCGACUCGAACGUCGUGCUCAUUUGAAACUGCCAUGACUCGUCUUGGUGGAGAUGUUGUAUCGAUCAACCAAAUCACUAGCUCGAUUGCUAAAGGUGAAAGUAUCAGUGAUACUGUGCGCACUUUGGCGAGUUACGGUGAUGUAAUUGUAAUGCGACAUCCUGAGCCAGGAAGUGUGUCGUAUGCAUCCAAAUUUUCACCUGUUCCAAUCAUCAACGCAGGAGAUGGUAUUGGAGAGCACCCAUCGCAGGCACUCUUGGAUAUUUUUACAAUUCGUGAAGAACUUGGUACUGUCAAUGGACUUACCAUUACUAUUGUUGGCGAUCUCAAAAAUGGACGUACAGUGCAUUCACUUGUGCGUUUAUUGACACACUAUCAUGUCAAGAUCAACUAUGUAUCUCCCGAGUCAUUGAAGAUGCCCGAGAGUAUUAUUGCAGACUUGAAUCGAUACGAUAUUCCUCAAUACGAAACGACGUCGCUGGAGGAAGUGCUGGCAACAACCGACGUGCUCUACGUGACACGUAUCCAAAAGGAACGGUUUUCAGAUUUGGAAGAGUAUAAACAAGUCAGCAGUAGUUAUAUCAUUACCAACAAGGUGAUGCAAAGUGCCAAACAACACAUGAUUGUAAUGCACCCACUUCCUCGAGUGAAUGAGAUUGAUCCCGAAGUGGAUCUAGACCAACGUGCAGCCUAUUUUCGACAAAUGCGAUACGGACUGUUUGUUCGAAUGGCGUUGCUUGCUCUUGUUGUGGGUCGCACAGUUUAA